ACAACUUGUGUCCUGCAGGCAGCCCACGGAGACCCCGUCCACAUCAAGCGGUCCGGAUUACUCCGUGGAAUCACCUCAGAGUGACUCCCCUGUAAGUGAUAUACUCAGACAAUGACAAACAGUUUAAAAAAUGUGUUUCAUUUUUUAACAAUAACUACAUUUUGUAUCUGUGUUGCAGGUGGAGCUGGAGGGUUGGGUGCGAUUGUGGGAAAACCCCAAUGGCGUCCCAUGUGCUGAUGUGUCCUGGCUGAAGGAGGACACUGAACGAGGCCUGUUCACCCCCGUUCAAAUGUUCAAGGACAGCACUGGCCAGUUGAAGAGGAGACGGGUGAUGAAAGGCGACCGCAUGUGGUUUUAUCCACCAGAACCUCCUGGCUACGUCAAGGGUGCUCUGCCAACUCCACACCUCUUUUUCCGGAGCCGCGUCUUUGUGUGGCGCCCUGUUGGAGUCUGGAGAUGCUCCCUGAAGUGUCCUCGUGGGGGUGACUGUGGGUUCAGGACAGAAUGUGCACCUCUACAAGUCUGGCUACCACCACCGGGUACAACUCACUUCCUUUGUGUUAAUACAAUAGAAGCAAAGAAAAUCAGAUGCUGCUAUAUGGAUAUUUUUAUCAUAAUGAUAUGUGCUUUAGGUACGCCACAUCUGUGACGUGUCCAGCUGGUACACAGUGUUCACUGAGGUCCUGUGCUGUGGACCCUGCACCAAGGCGGCAAGGAGCGGAGAAGGAAAAGUGGGCCGGUGGCUUGCGUGGGACCAGGCUAUUCUAACCCAACUCAGCGAGGCUCAUCAAGCUCAGUUCCCCGCCAUCCUGACCAGCAAGCGUGGUGUUGAUAAGAGCGUUGUGAGUCUUCUGAGGGACCGGACCGAAGGGAACACUAUGGUCAAGGUGUGGCGGCAAAUACAGGAGAACCAUGUUGAGGAGUACCUUCAGCAGAAGGACCUGUACACCACACUCCUCAUGACUAGUGGAACCGGGAGGGAUCGUCUCGUCGUUCCAGGCGCCACCUCCUCCAAGAGAGCUCCCCUCCGCACGGCUCUUGCGCCACGCCGUCCUGCUAGCAGAGGCCAACAAUGUGCAGGAUUACCGCAGCCAGAUCCUCUCCACUUUUGGCAUCGUGCUGAAAAUGGAUUCCACCAAGAAAGUAUGUUGAUCUAACCUUUUCCAUUAUGCCAUACUGUAUGAUGCAAAACAUGAUUAAAAUCACAAAUCACUAGAGUCUAUCAGAGGUCACAGUAUGAAACCUGACAUAUUGUUGCAGGUGGUGAAGAAGCUGUCUGGGGAAGGUCGAGGCUCAGCCGAGUGGUUCACCAGCAUCGGGAACGAACACUCACAGAUAGUUUCAUUUGUGCUGACCUGCGAGGAGUCCACUCCAAAGCUGACGCCAAUGUGCCGUGGAGUCAUGGAGCGGUUCCGGAUGGCGAACCAACCUGACCCCAAGAUCCUCUAUGUGGACCGUGGGUGUUGCCGGUCUCAGGCUCCAACAGCUUUGGAGACUGUUCAAGGCUUGGGUGGACCAUUGGAUGGUUGUACGCCUGGACAUCUUUCACUGGAUCCACCGGUUUGACGCAGCCAUACGGACAGAGGCUCACUGCAAGUAUGCCGUCUUCAAGUCUGCUGUCGCUGGUGCAGUGCUGGCCUACAACCGCUCGGACCUGGAGCUGCUCAUCAAAGCGGCCAGAGCCAAGGACCCGGACACUCUGAAGUCGGUCUCGGAUCACGAUAUUGUCCGCUGCUACAUAUCCAGGGAGCAGCUCAAGCACCACGUGAGGAGGGUCACACUUGGUGCCCAGGAGACUUUCCGGCUCAUCCACCUGGCCAUUGAGGAGCUGAAAGGUCCCGCUGGGCUGGACGAGAGCGGAGUGAGCCUCUUCAAAACACCUGGUACAAAACACCUCAUACACAAAAAGUUAUUAUACAUUAAUACAGAUAGUGUUGAACAUAACAAACUGUAUGCAUGUGUAUUUACAGAGGCCAUGGAUGAGAUGUGGGCAGCUCAGCAGCGACACCUGGAGUGCCUCCAGGAUCCACCAGACAUCAACAUGUAUCGGGUGGCACGGACCACAACCAUCAACAAUGUGGAUGUGCCCUAUUACAAAUGUCUGCGUGGAAGCAACAGUCUGGAAGGAUUUCAUAAAUCUCUGCCACACAUGAUUCCAGGUCCCCAUUGUGCAGCGCGGCCCUAUCAGGUUUACCUGUUAAGUGGCAUUGCCCGCUGGAAUGCAGACAGGAGCUCAGAUGCCGUGUUUGGUGGCAAAGGACGGCACCACAGGACCUACUCUGCCCCGCUCAUCGACCGCCUCAACACCCGCUGUCGGCAGCUGUUCGGAGAGACUGUGGAGGAGAAUUUCCGGGCCCCUGCGAAUGUUGCUUCAGAUGAGCUGCUAGGGUUGGAAUACCUGUUCAGCCAGAGCACGGGGGAAUCUGAACCCUUCUCUCUGAAGGACAUUGUCAAUGAUGGACCUGGUCCGGAGGAGGAGGUGGUUCAGUAUGGGCAGCCCGAUCCAGACCUCGAGGCAGACGAGGCGUACCAGAGCGACGGGGAAGCACAUGCCGAUGUGUUGGAUUGCAACCUGUCCCACAUUAAGCUCACCAACGAUGAAACCUCCACUGUUCACCCUCCGGCCUUUGAGGAUGCCUGCAGUCCAAACCCCCUUCCUGGCUUUGAACGGUUGGAAAAGUUCUGCUCUGGUGGAAAUUAGCCUGACAGAGGACAAGC